AUUUGGACUCAGUACCCCGACCCGGUUUAAAGUCCCUAUCUUAAUUCUGGAAUACUGAUGUAAAACUCUCCACACUGUUGUUUUGGGUUUACAGAAACAAGCAGCCCCAUUCUCCAUAACCAUGACUAGAAGAAGCAGUCGCCUGCACUCGAGAUCUGAAAAUGCCCUAAUUCAGAAAGGCAAGAUCACCAAGCAAAGCAGCAGAAAGAAAGCUCAGCCCUUAUCAAAACGACCAAAUGAGAAGUUGGUGCUUGAAGGUGUUGCCAGCCCCUGUAUUCUCAUCGAGACUCCUGAGAAGGCAUGUGAUGAACCCAGCUAUGUGAACCUCGCUCCCAGAAAUGACAGGAUCCAGCCAUCGCCUCUCCCUUUGCUCAGUUGGGGAUCUCCUGAGGAUGUGUGGGAAAAGAUGGUAAUUAAGGACCAGAGAUACAUUCACAGUAAAAACUUCAUCCAGCAGAACCCCAGAAUAGAGCCGAGGAUGAGAUCCAUCCUUCUUGACUGGUUACUUGAGGUGAGUGAGGUCUAUACACUCCACCGGCAGACAUUUUACCUGGCACAGGACUACUUUGACCGGUUUAUGCUGACCCAGGACAACAUCAAUAAAGAAAGGCUGCAACUCAUUGGAAUAACCUGUCUAUUUAUAGCCUCAAAGAUGGAGGAAAUCUACCCUCCAAAGCUUGCAGAGAUGGCCUUCGUGACAGAUGGGGCCUGCUUGGAACACCAAAUUCUACAAAUGGAGCUGAUUGUUUUGAAGGCAUUAAAUUGGAACCUUUGUCCAGAGACAGCCGUGUCUUGGCUGAAACUCUACAUCCAGAUGUCAUCGAUCAGUGACAACUCUCAGCUUCUUGAACCUCAGUUUCCACAGGAAAUCUACAUACGAGUCACACAGCUCUUGGACCUGUGUGUCCUCAGCGUAAACUCGCUGAACUUCCAGUACCGUGUGUUGGCUGCCGCUGUGCUGUGCCAUUUCAUUCAGUUUGAAAUGGUUGAAAAAGUUUCAGGUUUGUCGUGGGAUGUCAUUGAGCCGUGUGUGGACUGGAUGGCUCCUUUUGUGGAAACCCUGGCUCAUUUUGGCAGUGUGGCACUGAAGGACUUGGUCAAAGUAAAGCCAGAAGACAGGCAUAACAUCCAGACACAUUCAGACUACAUGGCCAUGCUGGAUGAGGUCCGUCACAGGGAGGUUGAGAGCCAGUUCCUAACACCACCCAACAGCACAGAAAAGACAUCGGCACACUGACCUUUCAGAGUCCAAGUAUGAACUGUGAAUGAAUAUCAAGGAUAGCAGGGGAAAGUAUAGA